AGAUGUAUCUUUAGUAUCUUCCGUGAUGUUAAGACUGAUUCAUCGUAAUUCAGUGAGAUAACCGAUUAGUGUCAAACUUCUGUUCAAAAGUGUGAACAAUUAUUUUUUUAGUACCUGAUAGUAUUUUAAUUAAAAAAAGGAUAUGGAUAACUCAGCGUUUGUCGAUUUUGAUGAUAAUACUGAAUUUACAGGCAAAUCUAAGACUGGAUUAAAUAAAUCGGCUCUUCCAUCGAGUAAAGUAAAUGUGUAUAAUUUCGAUGAAGCAGCUGCGUUAUGUGGUACUGGAAAGUUUCAUUAUUUAUUAAUGUUAGUUUGUGGAAUAUGUUUUAUGGCAGUUAUGGUAGAAACAAUGGGAAUAAGUAUUAUAUUGCCAUUUCUAAAAUGUGAUCUGAGUUCAACAAUAAGCGAACAAGGACUUCUUGCUUCAUCUGGAUUUCUGGGAAUUGUCAUUAGUUCACAUGUAAUGGGAUUCUUUGCUGAUACUUGGGGACGAUUAAAAACCUUACGCACAGCUCUUGUAUUUGGCUUUAUAACAACGGUAAUCUCAGCUUUUUCCGUAAAUAUUUGGAUGUUAAUUGUGUUUCGAUUUUUGAAUGGACUUUCGAUUUCUGGAUGUCAAGCUUGUGUGUUCAGUUAUUUGGGAGAAUUUCAUGGACAAAUGACACGGCUGAAAUAUAUCACUAUGUUAUCAAUGUUCUUACCUAUUGGAUUGAUGUUUUUACCAGGUAUGGCAACAGCAAUACUUCCUUUGCAAUUUGAUUAUAACGUUUUAGGAUUAAGUUUCACUCCAUGGCGAGCACUUCUGUUGGCGAAUUCUUCACUAAGUCUCAUAGCUCUGGGUGGAUUUUUUCUAUUACCAGAAAGUCCAAAGUAUGAUCUCAUUCAAGGUAAUACUGAGAUUGCCCUUCAAACUUUCAGAAAAAUGUUCACAUGGAACACUGGUCGGCCAGAAAGUGAAUAUGCAGUAAAACAAGUUAAUGUUGGAUUGACUGGUGCCAAUUUGAACAAUAUUCAUGGCAUAAAGGGUGCAUUUAAAUUGGUUUGGAGUCAGACUGUUCCACUUUUCUCGAAAGAUCGAAUUCUUCAAACGAUGAAUAUUUGUGGAAUUAUGUUUACAAUAUUUGCAGUUUCUCAAGGAACUUUUAUGUGGUUUCCAACAAUGCUUAACGAAAUUGUGUCCAAAUCAAAAACCGGCUUAUUGGUUUGUGAUGUUAUGAACAUGCAUGGAACAGUUUCCGAAAAUUCUACAAUCACUGAGGAGCAUUGUGGUGGACCUGUGAAUACUGGAAUGUUUCAAAUUCUGAUAAUUAUUGGUGCAGUUUUUACAAUUGUAUAUUUAGUAUUCACAUUUACUAUUGAUAUAAUUGGAAAGAAGAAUCUUUUACUAAUCUGGAUGAGUAUAGCUGCUAUUAGCUGUCUACUUAUACACUGGGUAAGCUCCUAUGUUCUAUCCAUAAUACUGUUGACUCUAACACUGACAACUGGUACUUGUGGAGGAGUUGUGAGUGCUAUUUCAAUUGAAUAUUUUCCAACAAAUAUUAGCGCAAUGGCAAUGUGUUUGGUUAUGAUGACUGGACGAUUGGGUGCAGUAGUUGGAAGUAAUGUUAUUGGUUUAGUAAUAUUUACAAAUUGCAAUAUGCUUUUUUACAUUUAUGUUGGCAUAAUUGUAGUUACUGGAUUCUGUUCAAUAUUUUUGCCUGACAAAAAGAAAGAUAAAAUUGUUGAAGUUUUGAAGUAACUUGAAGAACUAGAUUUAAAUAAAUGAUUUUAUAAAAAUGUUA